AUGGGACAUCGCCGAUUCAUGGAACCUGAUCACGAGUUUCGAUUUGAUGCUGAGUCAUUUGAUGGUUUUGAGGAACAUCGAGAGCCCCCCGUUCCCCUUUCAGCGUAUGCCAUUUCAAUAUUGACAAAGGACAUGAAAACUACAUAUGGGAAACUGCAGCAGAAGAGAAACAAGAAGCGACGUCGUAAUCAGGUAGAUGAUAAUGGCAUGAAUGUGCAGGAAGACACCUCAAUAUUCAGAAAGAGAAGUUGCUUCUUUCAGCUGCCAUACUGGGAAACACUUCUAGUGCGUCAUAAUCUGGAUCCUAUGCACAUAGAAAAGAAUGUGUUUGAGAAUAUUGUCCAUACCCUUCUGAAUGUUAGCAAAAGAUCAAAGGAUAAUUUAAAAUCACGUCUUGACCUAGAACAAUUGAACAUACGCCCGGAUCAACAUCCAGAUUUAACUGGGAGUAAACCAUACCUACCUCCAGCAUUAUACUACUUGGAUUCACACGGAACAAAGAUGUUUUGCCAAGUUCUUAAGGAUGCAAGGUUUCCUGAUGGCUAUGCAUCUAACUUGCACAACAAAGUUGAUAUGAAGAAAAGGAGAUUGAAUGGACUAAAGAGCCAUGACUGUCAUAUUAUAAUGCGUGAUUUGUUGCCCUUAGCCGUGAGGAAAACUUUGCGUGAAGUUGUUUGUGUUCCAUUGAUGCGUCUGUGCAACUACUUCAAGCAAUUAUACUCUAAGGUUGUCAAUGUGAGUGAGAUACAAAAGUUGGAGGAUGAGAUUCCUGAAAUCAUGUGCCAGUUGGAAAAAGUGUUUCCUCCUGCCUUUUUUGACAUCAUGGAGCACUUGACCGUUCAUCUUGCAACUGAAGUAAGGAUUGCUGGACCGGUUCAUUAUCGAAGCAUGUGGGCAGUUGAGAGGUUUUUGGGCAAGUUGAAAAGUAUGGUCCAUACGCUAAGUCACCCGGAGGGAUCAAUAGCAGAGGGAUAUGUUUUGGAUGACACUCUUACAUUUUGCUCGAGAUAUUUGCAUGAUUGUCCAACCAAAUUCACUGAAAGAGGACGUCAUAAUGAUUGUAUUCUCCCCAAUGACUCGACAAACCAACAACCAUACUUGAGAAUAGUCGGUCGUCCUCUAUUUGCUCCUUGUUUUGAAGAACUAGACUACACAUCAUGGAUUCAAGCACAAAGAUAUGUGCUGGUCAAUUACCCCCACAUUGCUCCCUAUGUCCAACAACAUCAUGAUAUUCUAUCAGUGGGUCAACGCACAAAAAUACGUGAUUUAGAACGUGCCCAUCACAAUAGUUUCCACACUUGGUUUGCUAACCAUGUUCAAUCAUUGAUUUCCAAUAAUGUUAAGAUCCCUGAAGAAGUUAAAGUCUUAGCACAAAAGCCAUAUCGGAUGGUGAAGAAGUAUAAUGCUUACUCUAUAAAUGGAUGCACUUUCCACACAAGGGGAUAUGGUGAUGGCAAAGAAACACAGUGCGAUGGAGUAUCUAUGAUUGCAAAGACAUCUAGUUUCUCAAGUGCUAAAGAUAAGAAUCCAACUUUAGGAGAUGUUGCUUAUUAUGGACAAAUCACUGAAAUAGUUGAGCUGAAUUAUUCUAACAAAGGCAACGUGGUUUUAUUCAAGUGCGAUUGGGUCGAUAGUGUUCGCCCUGAUGCUAGGGUUCGAAAGGACCCAUAUGGAAUAACUGAUGUGAAUUUUAACCACUUGCUAAGCAGCGGUAGUGAUAUAUUUGACGAGCCAUUUAUCCUCGCAACUCAAGCCACCCAAGUCUAUUAUGUACAAGAUUCUAUAGAGAAGGAUUGGUACGCCGUGGUUCAUCCACCUACAAGAGACUUCUUUGAUAUGGAUGCUAGAAGUGGUGGGAAUGAUGAAUAUUAG